AUGUUGCAGGUGUUUCCAGACUUCCCUUUGUCGUUUGAUUGCCUUCCGUCUUUCCCCCACCUCCAUCGCUCUGUCCUGAUGGCUGAAAGAGAUGCAUACGGCGCGCCUUCUCGUCGGGCACUGACGGCAUCUCUCCCGUCAAGGUUCACUGCGUCAAGCUACAACAAGCACUUCACCAAGCAUUCGUGCCAACAAGUUCACGGUCGACCCAUCAUGUUGCUUCCCCUCGCCCUCGCCGGGCUGAUAGCUCAAUCGCUAGCUGAGAACUCACCCGCCGCUCUGCUGACCGAUCUGAACAUCAUCUCGCAGCAUUGGGGACAAAUCUCACCCUACCGUGAUAACGACGCGAGAGUCUUUGGUGUUCAAGACAUCGGAAUACCCGAUGGAUGUCAGAUCGAGCAAGCUCACUCUUUGCAGCGACACGCUCAACGCUUCCCCACGAGUGCCUUUGAUGAUGGAGCCAAUGAUUUGCGUAUGGCGACCAAGGUACGCAACUGGACAACUGCGAACCCGGACUCUCAAUUCACAGGCCCACUGUCAUUCCUCAGUUCCUAUGAAUGCCAAUUGAAUGACACGGGUUUGCUCACCGGCAUUGGCGCGACCACCGAAUUUCAAKCCGGGUCGACAUUCUGGAGUCGCUAUGGACGUACUCUCUACGAUGCGUCCGUUGCCCAGCUUCAGUAUGAGCCUUUACUCACAAAUGGAUCCGCUCGACCGAAACCAGUGCUGCGUACAACAGGACAGUCCAGGAUUGAGAACUCCCAGAUCAACUGGGCACUGGGCUUCUUUGGCCCUUCGUUCUACAAGACGCCUGAUCCACAAUUGACCGCCUUUGCGAACGGCUCCCUCUUUGACGUUGUCAUUAUUCCCGAGGACGGCUUGCAGAACAACACCUUGGCGUCGUACAUCUCUUGUUUUGAAGAUAAUCUUCCUGGUGCUGGCGGCCUGGGCGACCAAGACCUCUUCUACCGGUAUGUACCCCUUUAUCUUGGGCAAGCCACGGCUCGCCUCAACAGAUACGCACCUUCCGGGUUUUCCUUCAACGUAAACGACACCUACGCAAUGCAGUCCAUCUGCGCAUACGAAAACGCAUACCUGGGCUCCUCCGACUUCUGCCAUCUCUUCACUGCAGACGAAUGGGCCGGGUUCGAGCAAACACUCGAUAUCGAGUAUUACUAUAAUUACGCCUUUGGAAAUCCCACAGGCCGCGCUCAAGGUCUCGGAUAUCAACAAGAACUCCUUGCCCGCCUGACCAACCAAUACAUCACCACGAGCAACUCGUCCGUCAACAGCUCCCUGACCGACAAUCCCAAUGACUUUCCUCUCAACCGCCCCUUUUACGCGGACUUCACCCACGACGAUAUCCUCAUCUCGGUCUUGACUUCCAUGUCAGUGGAUUAUUUUCGCGAUCACCCUUCCCUCACAGAACAUCCCCCGAAUCCCGACAGGCAUUUCAAACUCUCGCAGUUGACACCAUUUGGAGCGCGUCUCAUCACGGAGGUCAUCGGCUGUUCGUCUCCUGAGCCCGAAGCCGUGCACAGCCACCGCACCGCUUACACUCCAACACAAUAUGGCUACAAAGCCUCCAAUGCGACCCACAAGUUCAUCCGUCUGAGAUUGAAUAAUGGAAUCGUACCUUUGGACACGAUCCGCACGGGAGAAUGCCAAGGUCGAACGGACGGCAUGUGCGCCAUGGACAAGUUCCUGGAAAGUCAGUAUAAAGCGGAGGAGUUGGCAAACUAUCAGUUCGCUUGCUUCAAGAAUUACACGAUUGUGGAGCCGAGGAAUGGCAAUGACUAUGAUGGGACCAUCAAUAAUACUACACAGGGCGUCGUGUUUGGAGAAGGGUAUAUUACUGCCGAGGACGUUGCGGAGUUGUCCGGCUAG